CAUCAACUAGACAAUAAUUUUUUAUCAAUAUAUCAAUUUUGUAAAUAUAUUUCUAUUUUAUUUUGAUGAAUUAAAAAAUAUUCAUUAAUUAUUUGUUAAUUUAUUUUUUCAUUGAUGAUGAUGAUCCCAAAAUAUUAAAGAUCACAUGAUGUCAGAUUAAAUAUAUCUGUGAUUUUUUUUUUUUAUUUUUAUCAUAAUGCUAUGUCAAAGUGUUCAAGGCUGUUUUAUUUUUUGCUAAAAAUUCACUUGUCAUUUGUCAUCAAACUGCUCCAAACACAUCAGCUUUAUUUAAAACUAUAAUCUUCAUUUAAUCCAAAAGUUUUUUGUCCACUAUAAUCAAACAAAAAUUCAAGAUGUCGAGCAAGUUGACUGAAGUUUCCAACAACAAAGCAUUCAAAGGAUGGCAAAAGGUUUUCUCUCAUGAAAGCUCAGAGUUAAAAUGUAAAAUGAAUUUUGGUAUUUAUUUACCACAACAAGCUGAAACUUCAAAAUUACCAGUUAUUUAUUUUCUAUCUGGUUUAACAUGUACUGAAGCAAAUUUCAUUCAAAAAUCUGGAAUACAAAAAUAUGCAUCUGAUUAUGGUGUUAUAAUUGUUAAUCCUGAUACAAGUCCAAGAGGUGAAGGUAUACCAGAUGAUUCAGAAUAUGAUUUUGGUAUUGGAGCUAGUUUUUAUGUUGAUGCAAUACAAGAACCAUGGAAAGAAAAUUUUAAAAUGUACACAUACAUAACAAAAGAAUUAAGAGGAUUAAUUAAUCGUGAAUUUCCAGUUUCAACAAGUCAACAAUCAAUAAUGGGACACAGUAUGGGUGGUCAUGGUGCAAUUAUGAUUGCAUUAAAAAAUCCAGGAAUGUUUAAAUCAGUAUCAGCAUUUGCUCCAAUUUGUAAUCCAAUUGAAUGUCCAUGGGGUAAAAAAGCAUUUGGUGGAUAUUUAGGAACAGAUAAAGAUUCAAUGAGUUUAUGGAAAGGAUAUGAUUCAACAUAUCUUGCUAAAAAAUAUAAUGGACCAUUUCUUGAUAUACUUAUUGAUCAGGGUAAAAAGGAUAGUUUUAUUGAACAAUUAAUGCCUGAUAAAUUAGUUGCUGCUAGUAAAAGUAGUAGUAGCAGCAGUAGUAGCAGUAAAAGUUCAUCAAAAACUAAAGGUUUAACAGUAACACUGAGAAAUCAUGAUGGAUAUGAUCAUAGUUAUUUUUUUAUCUCUACAUUUAUUAAAGAUCAUAUUAAACAUCAUAUUAAAUAUAUUAAAAAUAAAAAAUAAAUAAUAAUUUUGAUGUUUUUUUUUAAUAAAUAAAUAUACUUUUA